GAGGCUGUGCGGGGCUGUGCUCAGGUGAGGCACAACCCACCAGCCGGGUGCUACUGACCUGCGGGAAUUCGCUGAGGGACUUAUGGCAAUGACAGUGGCAUCGGGACAUGUAAAGGACUCCUGAGUCACUACAUAAUCAAGAAGCAUAGAAUUUCCUUCUAAGCUUUCUGUUCUUCAAAAUUUUCUUAUAAAGUAAAGGGCUUAUUUGUGAAUAUGAUGAAUGGCUCGUGAAAUGGCUUGUACAGCAGGAUGCUUACAGUAAAAUGGAUUUGGAGCAUACAAGGCAGCAUUAUUAUUAUUCCCCUGCCUGCCUGGCUUCUUGCCAGCCUCCUGCUGCCUUCUAUCUCCCAUCACAGGAGGCUGGAAAAAUUCCCCCCAGGAUUGAUUAACAUGAGAGAGACCUGUGAAAAAUGGAGGCGGUAUGAAGGAAGGAGGAGAUGGUGGAAGGAAGAAACCAGGCUUGCAAGCACUGACACCAGCAGUUGAGCGCCUGGAGAGGAUGGCUGGCUUGAGAGUGGACUUCAGCAUGCUCCUGGAGCCUCUGGGCUUUGUUAAGGUCCUUGAGUGGAUCUUUGCCAUUUUUGCUCUUGCCACAUGUGGAGGCUUUCAAGGUGAAACUACCCUUCUAGUUUCCUGCAAAGGUGUGGUAAACAAAACAGUUACAGCUGCUUUUGCUUAUCCAUUCAGGUUGAAUACUGUUGAAUUUAGUGCACCAGACCCAAAAGGCUGUGCUGGUACUUGGACUGACGUCCAUCUUGUGGGCAACUUCUCCUCUUCUGCACAGUUCUUUGUUACGCUUGCGGCGUUGGUGUUCCUCUACUGCAUUGCUGCCCUUGUGGUAUAUAUUGGAUACAACCAUGUGUAUCAGCAAAAUAGCAAGUUUCCACUAACUGACUUGGCUAUCAGUGUCUUGACAGCCAUUUUGUGGAUGGUCAGUACUUUUGUUUGGGCAAAGGCACUCGCUGGCAUCAAAAUGUCCACGGAGGCCAACAUUAUUCCAGGAAUUGAAGCUUGCAAAGCACCAGGAACAACAUGUAAUUUUGUUUCUGUGACCAGCAUGGGAAUUCUGAACUUGUCUGUGGUAUUUGGCUUGCUUAAUGCAGCUUUAUGGGGAGGAAAUGUUUGGCUUGUAUACAAAGAUACCAAAUUGCACAACCAAUGGAACAGAAUUUCUGAAAGUCCAACUGAAAGAGAAGUAUAAAAACAAGGUGAUACUUUAAAAUGCUUCCACUUUUACACCUCACUGCCAAGAGCAUGGAUUCAUUAGGAUUUGUUUCAAUAAUAACAGAUAAUACUUCAUAAAAACUUCUGGGUUUGUACUACGGUUUGACAUAAGGUCUUGCAUACUCCAAUUGAAGCAUUUAAUUAUCUUGAAAUAUAUUAUGCCUUUUGAAGUUGUGCAGCUCUUUAUUACAGUUUUUGAAGAGCAAAAUGAUGAGGUUAUCUGGAUGUUGACCCAUUCUGGUUCUUAAUACAGCCUUAUAGGAGAGAUGG